AUGUACCUAAAAUCACUGUUUUUAACUAGGUGGCGGCCUCCGGGCCGCCUGUGGUGGAUAUACCAGCAUACUGUUGUGUCUGCCGCACCUGCCCGUGGUGUCCAUGUUCCGAUCAGAAGUCAUGUACAAGCUCUGUGGCACCUUUUGUAUUUUUCGCGCCAGUCGAACGAAGCUACAGCGUUCCCAGUAUCUUCCUUCACUUUUUCGUUGAGGUGA